GUAACGACAAACCGAUCAAACAUGGCAGUCGAAACGAUCACCACCAUCUCCCCGUCCACCAACAAGCCCGUGGUGGAACGCAAUGGCCCGACAGACGCUCAAUUGGCCCAAUUGCCAAAAACUGCCCAAACUGCAUUCUUGAAAUACUCCAAGACCAGUCUCCAAGAUCGCCGGAAGAUUGUCAAGAAGGCGCUUCAACUCAUCAAUGACAAGCAAGAUGAGCUAGCUCAAGAAAUAACAGACCAAAUGGGAAGACCUAUCGCGUUCUCGGCCAAGGAAGUCCAAACAGCUGUCAAGAGAGGCGAGUAUCUACUCAAGAUCAGCGAGGAUGCCCUCUCAGAUACUCCUGGUGAGCCUGAGCAAGGCUUCAAGCGAUUCGUGCGCAAAGUGCCUCUUGGUCCAGUUCUCAUUCUGUUUCCUUGGAAUUAUCCAUACUUGACACUCGUCAACUCUCUUGUCCCAGCCCUCUUGGCCGGUGACAGCAUCAUCCUCAAGCCCUCGCCUCAGACCCCAACGAUCGCAGAGCAAGUUCAAGACAUCUUCGUAAAGGCUGGUCUCGACAAAGAUGUCAUCCAGUACUUCCACUGCGGCGACUUCAAGAAAAUCGAACAACUCGUUCAAGCCCCUGAGAUCCAACUCGUCUGUUUUACAGGCUCCGUCGAUGGUGGUCUCGCUGUACAAAAGGCCGGAGCAGGACGAGUCGAUCUUCGCGUUGGGCUCGAAUUGGGUGGCAAAGACCCUGCCUACGUCCGCUCCGAUGUAGACUUGGCCUGGGCAGCCGACGAGAUCGUAGACGGAGCAGUCUUCAACUCGGGCCAAUCCUGCUGCAGUCUCGAGCGCGUCUACGUCCACGAAAGCGUACAUGACCAAUUCGUCGAAGAAGUGAAGAAAGUCCUAUCCAACUACAAGCUCGGCGACCCCACCGACAAAUCUACCCAUGUGGGACCAGUCAUUAGCAAAGCCGCUAAAGCAAGAAUCGAAAACCACAUCAACAGUGCCAUCCAGGCGGGAGCGAAGAACGAAACUCCAGAGAAUGCAUCCUUCAAGAAUCCACCCCCAGAUGGCAAUUACGUCGUCCCUACCCUUCUCACAAACGUGAAGCAAGACAUGCUCGUCAUUCAGGACGAAACCUUUGGUCCCGUCAUCCCUGUCAUCUCUGUCAAAUCUGACGAAGAAGCCGUAAAACUCAUGUCAGACAACCAAUUUGGUCUGACAGCUUCUGUCUGGACCAAAGACGUCGCGAGAGGCCAAGAACUGGCUAAUGAAAUUGAAGCGGGAACGGUCUUUGUGAACAGAGCAGAUUACCCUGCACCUGAUCUGGCCUGGGUCGGAUGGAAGAAUAGUGGCAAGGGUCAGACACUCAGCAAGUUUGGAUUCGAUCAGUUUGUGAAGUUGAAGAGUUAUCAUUUCAAGGAUUACCCCAAGGCUUAGUACCUAGGUAUCCGGUGGGGUAGGUAGCGUAGGUCAUGUGCCUUUGAUUUUUCCGACAAUUCCAUUAUCGAGAAUUUAGAUAGAUUAAAUGUAUGAUUGAAUGUUUUACAUACCUACUGGCCGUAGACUAACCAUUUCAGUCUCUUGGACUCCCUCAAACUCCAUCGUAGCUCAUUGAUCCAUCGUAGUUAUGGCGGAUGUAUUGACCCCUAGGAGGCAUAUUAAGGCAGCCCGCCUCCCGCAUGACAUGCUGUCCAUAUUCGUGGAGUAGGGUAAAUCUCUACUACUCUCGUCUGCUGGCUGCAUGCAGGUCAAGCAACCCCGUUCACAGCAACCGUGGCUGGCCAGUCCCCAUAGCCCCUCCCUGUGAAUAUCGCAGAGCAUCGACGCACACACUUCACGCAAGUGCCAAGCCAAUAGAUAUGCCCAGAUAUGGUCCAUUCGCGCCCGUGUAGCACGACUUCCAUAUUAUCACUGGGUCUUCACACAUUCCCGAAGUCGCUUGAGUUCUAGUAUCGGUACCUUGUCGAGUAAUCCUUCGGGCUGACCACCAGACCCCUUCCUUUCUUCGCGCCUUUAUAAAUGGUCUCGAUAAUAUCAAUCAACUCUUGCUUAUCUUCCAGCACCCAGUUCAACUUGUUAUUGUUUCCCGUUCCGAAAUCGCACAUCAUAUGCUUGUUGCGGAAGAAGAACAUGAGUGUCACUGUGUCGUACAGUUCGUACAUUUGCUUAAAGUCGGGAACUUGGUCGAGAUCGCAGACAUAGAUGACAGCGAAGUUCUUGACGCGGUCGGCGAUUUUGUAGAGGACUUCGUCUUGUCGCAUGCAGUCCGGAUCCCAAUCGCGGCCGAAACGGAUGACCACGAGACGGUCUUCUUCGGACAUGAUAGCUUGGUCCACGUGCCAGCCGGUGACGAGGUGAGGAAUGACGACGGAUCCCAUCUUUUCUGUUCGGUUUCCUCUUGGAUGUGAAGUUGUGGUUCGU